AGUAAUUACUGCUUUUAUUUAUUUAAUUUUUUUUCCAGUUAACCAAAAAUGCUUUCUCAAUUUCAACUGAAGUUAUUUCGUUGGGUUUUGGUAAUCUAUGUGUCAUGAAACGGUGUUGUGUAGGUGGUGAGGCAGACGCCGUAGACCCAGGUUGAAGUAAGUAAAUGAUUUUAAUGAUGAAUGUCCAGUGCAACACAGUCCGACAUGGUCCCAUACAAACGGGCAGCACGGCCGAGCGGAAGCCAGGGCUCGACGCCGGUAGCAACCGUUAAACAACGGACGAGACGACGGACUGACAGACUAGACGCCAAAAGAGACGAGGACCCGACCAAGACACAGACACACAGGUGACACUAAAUACACAGGAGGUAAUUAGGGAAACUAGAAACACCUGGGAGUAAUCGAGGGGAGAACAGGACAACACGGAGACACAGGAAACUCAAAAUAAACACACAGAAAAACACGGAACACGACACUAUGAUGACCUCGCAACGUAAAUGUUUUAUUAAUGACGCAUUAAAGUCAAAACAUGUUGAGGGGACGCUUUAAAAAAAAACAAAAAAACCAUCUCUUUGGUUUUCGGUUGAUGACCUCUGGCAGGCGCUCUGUCUGCUUUGCGCGCCGGGUUAGUUGGUGAUUCCCUGCGCGCCGUGGCUGAGCUGCGCGCCUCGCCCCUUCAGCACCAUGCUGAGAUCACAUCGGGAGGGCGGUGCAGAGGAGAGGAGGAGGAGGAGGAGGAGAGAGAGAGAGAGAGAGAGAGGAAGCUACGUGUUGCUGCGCAGCAACAGAUAGAAAGAAGACCCAGAGAGGAACACAGAGUGGAAUUCCCCACUGCUCAAACAGAAGCGGCUGUCAGGGCGUAUCAGUCCUGUUUUUCAUUUCUCUUUCUUUUCUUUUUUUUAAUUUCUUUUAGGCUCCCAGAAUUCACAGAAAUAAAUCUACAGCCUACCUGUAGCUGGAGGCGCUGCAAGCCCCCCCAACCCCACGAAUGAAGGCUGUGAGAGCCGACAGCUGCAGCAGCAGCAGCAGCAGCACCAAGCCUUCGGGUGCAUUCAGACACUGAAAGGAACGGAUAGUGUUCUCUGUCUGGAGGCACCGCUCUCUUUAACAGCGGCUCCUCUGGAGCGGUGUCGCCCUCUUUCUGUUUGGUAGAAACUGGAACCAGUUUGGAGCUCGGAGGACAGAGGUCCAGAGGUUGCCCUCUGACUGCGAUGAGCCGCCGCUAAAAAUGAAGAGUGUUUCGGAGAAAUCGGUGAACCGAUCGACCGUUUGAAGUAAGUUCAAGCUACAGAAACAAGCAGCUCUUCUUUGUCUUUUGGAGUAGAGGCUUGGAAAGCAACGCGUUAGUUUAGGCAUGACAGGUCAGGUCCUUAGGGACACGACCGCCGGGGCUCCCAUGGACGACAAAGCGGGCAUCCGCAUCAACGUGGGCGGCUUCAAGAAGCGUCUCCAGUCGGACACGCUCUCCCGCUUCCCCGAGACCAGGCUGGCGCGCCUCCUCCAGUGCCAGUCCAAGGAGUCCAUCCUGGAGCUGUGCGACGACUACGACGACGCGGAGAAAGAGUUUUACUUCGACAGGAACCCCGCUCUCUUCCCCUACGUGCUCAAUUUCUACAACACGGGGCGGCUGCACGUCAUGGCCGAGCUGUGCAUCUUCUCCUUCAGCCAGGAGAUCGAGUACUGGGGCAUCAACGAGUUCUUCAUCGACUCCUGCUGCAGCGGCGCCUACCACUGCAGGAAGAUGGACCAGGACAGGAGCGACUGGGACGACGGGAGCGACGCGGGGAGCACCACGUCGUCGUUCGACGAGCUGCUGGAGUUCUACAACGACGCCACCAAGUUCGACAAGCAGCCGCUCGGGAGCGCGCGCAGGCGAGUCUGGCUGAUGCUGGACAACCCCGGGUACUCCGUGGCCAGCCGCAUCAUUAGCGUCCUGUCCAUCCUGGUGGUGCUGGGCUCGAUUGCCACGAUGUGCAUGAACAGCAUGAGCGAGUUCAGCGUGCCGGACAGCAAGGGGGAGCCCACGGAGGACCCGCGCUUUGAGACGGUGGAGCACGUCGGCAUCGGAUGGUUCACACUGGAGCUGGUGGCCCGGUUCGCGGUGGCCCCCGACCUGCUGCACUUCUUCGACCACCCGCUGAACGUCAUCGACCUGGUCUCCAUACUGCCGUUUUACCUGACGCUCCUCAUCAACCUGGUGGCGGAGAGCAGCCCGGCGCUCGCCAACCUGGGCCGGGUGGCGCAGGUCCUGCGGCUCAUGCGAAUCUUCCGCAUCCUGAAGCUGGCCCGCCACUCCACCGGCCUGCGGUCCCUGGGGGCCACCCUCAGGAACAGCUACAAGGAGGUCGGCCUGCUGCUCCUCUACCUGGCCGUCGGCGUGUCGUUCUUCUCCGUCAUGGCCUACACGGUGGAGAAAGAGGACAGCGAGGACCUCUCCACCAUCCCCGCCUGCUGGUGGUGGGCCACCGUCAGCAUGACCACCGUGGGCUACGGAGACGUGGUGCCCGUCUCCAUCCCGGGCAAACUGACCGCUUCGGCCUGCAUCCUGGCCGGCAUCCUGGUCGUCGUGCUUCCGAUCACGCUCAUCUUCAACAAGUUCUCCCUUUUCUACAAGAGACAAAAGCAGCUGGAGAUCGCAAUGAGAAGCUGCGACUUCGACGAGGGCGCCAAGGAGGUCCCCUCCGUCAACCUGAGGAACUACUACGCGCACAAGGUGAAGUCUCUCAUGGCCAGCUUGUCGAACAUGAGCCGGAGUUCUCCGAGUGAACAGAGUCUGAACGAGUCGUUACAGUGAAGCUCGGCUCGGAGCUGUCCGGGGUGCUGACACCCGGAGGAGGAGGAAGAGUUCUGUUUCUCACAGUUUGCCUCCCUGUAGCUCAGUGCAAUAACGUGUCAAUGUGUGUGUGUGUGUGUGUGUGUGUGUGCGUGUGUGUGUGUCAGUUCCAGUGAGACAAUAUAAAGAUCACGUGCACUUUUUAAAGGAGCAACUCGGUUUUGUUUUACGUGGGGUUCUGUGAAGAUGUGAACCGUAAUUCCUGUUGUGGAAAGACGUCACGUCACAGUGAGUCUGUGGGAAAGAGGAAAUCCUCAGAGCGACUGAAGGCUGACAGGAAGUUACUUUUACUAUUUCAAAAACAACUCGACCCUCAAACUGUUCAUGUCUUUGAAAGUCAACAGCACCGUGUCGUCGCCUUUUGUUUUUCUGCAGUCAGUCCGUCUCCGAAAGCAGAGCUGGGAAUGAGCGUUAUGGUUUUUGCUUUCGAUUAGAUAGAAGCUGUCAUAUAUUUUCUCCAUGUUAAAUAUUCAAACACAGCAUAUGAUCACAGCUAGGCGUUUUGCAGCACAGAUGUGAAGUGCGUAAAAGUGGGAUGUAGUGGUGAAGACUCUUAAAGACAGGCUUAAAUAAAAAAUACGAGUGUAUGACAAAAAAAAAAAGCAAAUUUUUACAGACCAGUGCACUCGAUCUGUGCGAAAUUGUUAAAAAAAACAAGCAAACUGUAGUGAUUUAUGUGUGAAAGCAGCACACACUGCACCAGCCUGCCACAUCUGGCUUCCUUAUCUGUAACUCCGAUCCUGACAACACUGAUGCAUGCUCAAGAUCUGUCUGUUAUCUAAGGAACCGGGUCUUCCUCAGACAUUGGCUCAUCACCUAUAUUGAGCCACAGCAAAAUAUGUGUGACACAGCCAGGUCCAGACAGGGGCCAAAUGAGGCCAGAAGACAGUAAAUCAAUGUCUUAUGACCAUAUGCACUGACAGGGAAACGGUGACUAAGUGAAUAAAUUUCAUUUUCUGCUUUCACAGUUUUACUUUAACAGUGAGUUAAAAAUGGAGGUGUUGCAUCUUCAGCUUCAGCUGCAUUAGAAUAGGGUCACGGUUUUCAGCUGCAAGUGGCUCUCUGACUCUCACGUGAUACAUUAGGCUUGUAAUACGGCCCCAAUAAUUUUAUUUAUUUAUUUAUUUAUUUAGUUCAUUCUUUUAUUCUGUGCCCUUUAUGAAGUAACAAUGUCUUCCCCGGGUCUAGAACCGGCACUUCUCCAAACAUUCCAAACUCAGCUUUUGACUUGGACACAGACCUGCUUCACUUCCUAACUAAUGGACCUGUGGUGAACUAAUACAAGGAUGUGAGCAAAGUUAUCCAUGUGUGACUUUAAUAGCGUUUCUAGUUUCAUUGAAACACCGCAACUGCGAAAUUUGUCUGUGUUAGCAGAGCAUAGACAAAGUUUUGCGCGCAUUUGUAAAGCUGGUGAUGUUUUGGGUUUGUUCUCUUUUCAAAGUUCCCAGCUGGGAAAAAAAAAAAACAAGAUCAAGAAAUUCUAAGUAUGUAUGAGGAAGGGCAGGCAAAUAUUAAUACACAGUUGCAUCCCGUUGCUAUAGAAAUGUUCAGUUUAAGUUGUUUUAAAUUGAUAAAUAAACAAUUUAAAAUAGGACUUCCUGUCUGACCUGCUGUUCACCUGUCACUCCUCUGAAAACCUUUUUCUUUCCUAAAACCUCACUGUGAUUUGCUAUCGUUCUGCUGGUAAAGAAACUGCUAACGAUUAUAUCUUCACCGGGGUCUCAGUUGAAGUGAUCCAAAGUUUCCCCUGAAGGCCUCUUCAUCAAAGCCAGAUCACACCAAAAACCAGUCCUCCUGUUUUUGUUGUCUUAGUGGUUCGUGUGGGCGUUAGUGUCACAGCGUCACACUGUUAUCCACCAUUCAGCUGCACUUGUUCUGAUAAAAAAAACAAUGAAACGUCCACAUGAACCCCCUGGUGUUUCUCCAGCUGAAGGUAACUUGAUGUGUAAAUGUGGUGUUGCAACAGUACUUCAAAUGUUCGGUCUAAACGAAAUAACAAAUUAAAAAAGAAAAAUCCUGUUA